CCGCACGAUCUUCUUAUAUAGCAAUAUAAGGUCAUCGUUAGAGAUUUGUCCAGGAAGAAGAAGGAGAAGAGGAGGAGGAGGAGGAGAUUUGUGACCAUUCCACUAGAGAGAAUGGGGAGACCACCAUGCUGUGACAAGGUUGGAGUGAAGAAAGGUCCUUGGACUCCAGAAGAAGACAUCAUCCUCGUCUCUUACAUUCAGGAACAUGGACCUGGGAAUUGGAGAUCUGUUCCUACUAACACAGGUUUGCUUAGAUGCAGCAAGAGCUGCAGGCUUAGAUGGACUAAUUACCUCAGGCCUGGCAUCAAGCGUGGCAACUUCACUGAUCAUGAGGAAAAGAUGAUCAUCCAUCUGCAGGCCCUUCUUGGUAACAGGUGGGCAGCCAUAGCUUCUUAUCUUCCACAGAGGACCGACAAUGACAUCAAGAACUACUGGAACACCCACUUGAAGAAGAAGCUCAAGAAGAUCCAAGCGGGCCUUGAUGGCCAUGGCCAUGAAGAGUUCAGAUCCAGCUCGCACUCCAUCUCAAAGGGUCAGUGGGAGAGGAGGCUCCAGACAGACAUCCACAUGGCCAAACAAGCUCUCUGCGAGGCUUUGUCUCUGGACAAAUCAUCACCAAGCCCUUUGGCUGACACAAAACCAUCUGAUCAUUAUGGCCACAACAUCGAUUGUGGCAACAACUGUGCUAGACCAUCAUACCAGGCAACGGUAUCAUCCUGCACUUAUGCAUCGAGUACAGAGAACAUAGCUAGAUUGCUUGAAGGGUGGACGAAGAACUCCACCAAAGCAGCCCAAGCGGCGAAAUCAUCCCCAGGGACUAAUCACCCCACUGCUCAAGAUUAUUCCAUCACCAACAGUUUCAUUCCAACUAGUGGCUCAAGCUCAAGCGAAGGCGCAACGACGCCGGAUCACCAUCAGGGCCUCGAGUGCUCGCUGUUCAGCUUCAAUUCUUCGGUCUCCGACGCCUCUCAAUCGGUGGCAUCGGUGGCACUGGACGAGAAGCCGAGCUUGACGGCGGACCAAGGGUUUGUCUUCCAAGACGAAAACAAGCCAGUGUUGGAUCAGAUCCACCAAGUGCCUCUCACAUUGCUGGAGAAAUGGCUCUUCGAUGACGGAGCACUGGUAGCUCCUCAGGUCCAAGAGGAUCAGCUCAUGGGCAUGUCCUUAGAUGAGGAUGCUGCUUUGUUUUGAGUUCCAAUCUAGGUCAAACGAAACAAAGAAAAACUCUUAGAUGCUCUUACUUUCUUUCUUCUUUGUCUCCUUUCUUUUUCAAGGAUUUAGGAAUUGGACUUGUGUAGGACUCGAUAUAUCUUCCCAUAAGCCUAAGCCAAGAACUAUUACUAACAAAGCCUGGCCCUUCUGGAAGGUCACACAAAAGUGUAAAUUAAGCAAAUCUAUAUAUGGAUAUGCUAUAUGUACUCAGAACUAUCAUGUAUAAAACUUUCGAGUCGCAACUUUUGUAA